ACCUUCUGGGAAGGAUCUUCCGUGGAACUGGGGCUGGGAGCGCUUCAAGCCCGUCUCUGCUUUUCUGCGCCACGGCACCAUCGUCGCGCUUUGGAACGAAGCGCACCACCGCUUCAUGCGCAUGAACGCACAUAACGGCCACAUGGACGGCUCGCCCAGGAAGCAUCUCCAUCACUUCCCCUCCGGCUGGAGCUGGGAGAAGCUCCGGGUGGUGGAUGCCGGCUAUGGCCAAGUCGCACUGCACCAGGCGGCGAGCAACCGCUUCGUCAAGAUGAGCCAUCAUGACAUGAUUCGCUCGCCACAUCGCAACUGGCAUCAGCUGCCUGGGGGCUGGGAUUCCGAACGCUUCACGGUCGUCGAUGCGCACGGCCACGGCCGCGUCGCUUUGCACAACCCGUGGAAGAACCGCUUUAUCAAGAUGUGCCACAACGGCGAUGGUUGCCUCAGCCCUCACAGGGACCCUGAUGCACUGCCCCACAAUUGGGGCUCGGAAUUCUUCCAUGUUCUCGAG